AUGGAUGUUGGCUUUUGGCAUAGUUUGACAAGCCGCUAUCACGAGAGACUCAGCACCUAUCUCGCGGGGAAAGUGGCUAUUGUCACAGGAGCGAGUAGAGGAAUCGGUUAUGCAAUUGCGUUGCAUCUUGCCAAACGCGGUGCAGGGAUUUUGGCCACAUCUACCAGUGCCAGCAAGCACAUCGAUGAAUUGCGUGGCGAGAUCGAGUCUGUCUACGUGCACUUGAACAGUCUGCCUCCAAAGAUCGCUCAUCAAGUUGUCUCCUUGGAAGAUCCGGAAGCACACGUCAAGGUGGCUGACGCAAUCAAGAGAGAAUUUGGCGGCAACUUGGACAUCCUUAUCAACAAUGCCGCGAUAACAGACCGCACCUUUCCUGGCGAGCUUGAGGCAGCGACACUGGACAAAUUGUUGACCUGCAACAUUCGGACCCCGGCACUGGUGGUAGAUGAGUUGGUCAAGAGACGUAGCGCCGAGAGCGUCAACUGCGAGCCUGACGUUGCCAUAUACGCCUCGACCAAAGCAGCCAACGAGGCUAUGGCUCGCACAUAUGCCAAUGCCUUUGGUGGAAAAAACGCCGCCUUCGACUUCAUGGCUGGCACAACCGCCAAUAGCGUGCUCACAGGUUUGACAGAGACGGGAGGAGCCCAGCAGUAUGGACAACAGGUGUGGCAAGAAUUGCAAGAUUUUUGGGUGGGAAAGCAAGUGAUACCACGCCUGGGCAAGCCCGAGGAUGUGGCCGACGUGGUGGGAUUUCUAUGCAGUAGAGAAGGUAGAUGGGUCACUGGAAGCAAGAUCAGCGCGAAUGGAGGAAGUAUCGCGGUUAUCUAG